AUGGAAGAUAUCACUGAAGAUGAAGCUGCAUUAUAUGACAGACAGAUACGUCUGUGGGGGCUUGAUGCACAAAGAAGGUUGCGAGCUGCUACUGUUCUUAUCAUUGGCUUGAAGGGGCUGGGAGCGGAAGUUGCUAAAAACAUUAUUCUGUCCGGGGUGAAGGCAGUCACGCUGAUGGACCACAACCCUGUGGAUGAAGAAGACAGAAUGUCACAGUUUUUUGUGUCAGGUGCAGCUAUUGGACAGAAUAGAGCUGAAGCAUCCGCCCCUCAGGCUCAACUUCUCAACCCCAUGGUCACUGUGACAACAGACACAGGCAACCCUGAUGAGAAAGAUGAGAACUAUUUCACACAGUUUGACGUCAUCUGUGCCACGUGCUGCCCCCCAUCCCUGCAGACAAAACUAGAUAAAUUGUGCUUUCAGCACAACAUCAAGUUCUUCUCCGGAGACGUCUUCGGCUUCUAUGGCUUCACAUUUACUGAUCUGGGAACACAUGAUUACCUGCACGAAGAGGUUAAAAAGGCACCAGCAAAAGGUAAAGAAGAAAAUAAGUCAAAAGAGGAUGAAGAAAAGUCAAAGGCAUCAGAAGAGGUUGUUAUCACUAAAGAGCAAAUGGUCUUUGGACGGCUGGAAGAUGCACUGACUUUUGAUUGGUCAGCUGAUACCCCAGAGAUGAAGCGAAAAAUCCGGCAGACGCCAACAUCAUUUUUCAUCACAAAAGUGUAUGAAGAGUUCCUUCAGCAGCAUGGCCGCCGUCCAUCAACAUUCACUUUGGAAGCUGAUACAAAAGAACUGCAGAAUCUGCGUAUUCAAGUCCUGAACAAACUGGGAGUGCCUGCCAAAGUGGUUCCUGAGGAUUUUUAUCUAUAUGGUUUUGGGGAGCUGAGUCCUGUUUGUGCUAUUGUUGGAGGUGUUCUAGGACAGGAAAUCAUUACGGCUGUUUCCCAGAAAGGUGCUCCACUCAACAACUUCUUCCUCUACAAUGGUGUCAACGAUGAAGCCAUGGUCGAUACAAUAGUGCCUUAG